AUCUCGAUUUCGGUAGAGAUAAGAUAUAAGUUAUUAUAAAAAGCAUUUGGAUAUCCAAAUUGGUAGCAUUUGCUCUAUUAACCCAAUACAAUGAAGCUCUUACUAGUUUGCGCUCUGCUGUGCGUCGGCGGUAGCUUCGCUGCAUCCGUGAAAGCAAGCUCAAGCGGCGUAGUGACCUGCUACUACGGAACAUGGGCUAACGGGAGGUCCGGAAAAGGCCGUUUCGGCGUGAGCGACCUGCCCACUCAUCUCUGCACGCACAUCGUCUAUUCCUUCCUCACGCUUGACGGAACCUCCGGAGGCAUUGUUGCUCCUGAAGAAAGCACUGUUGAAGGGAAAGGAAAUUCCGUGUCUGACCUCAUUGCGCUAAAGAAGAAGAAUCCCGAAUUGAAAAUCUUGGCUGCUAUUGGUGGCUGGAAUGAAGCUUCAACAAACUUUUCGGCGGUUGUCAACGACAAAACUAAGAGGGCACUUUUUGUCAAGAACUUGUACAACUACGUUGACACCAAUGGCUUCGAUGGUUUGGAUUUGGACUGGGAGUACCCUUCACAGAGAGAAGGAGCAGCCACUGACAAACAACAAUUUGUCACUCUCGUCAAAGAGUUGAAGAAAGCUUUCGCUAAGAAAUCUUACCUAUUGACCGCUGCUUGUGCCGUUACCCAGUCGAACAUCGAUUUGUCCUACGAUGUCCCCGCACUUUCUAAAUACCUGGACUACAUCCACCUGAUGCUGUACGACUUCCACGGCUCUUGGGAAACGACGACCGGAGUGAACGCACCUCUAUACGCACAGAAAACUGACGCUGCUACCUUAAAUUUGAAUGUUAACAACUCCGUCCACACCUGGAUCAACAACGGCGCCUCUCCAUCCAAGUUGGUGCUGGGUCUCGGAGCGUACGGAAAGACCUUCACCCUGACCAGUCUGGACAACACUUCCACAGGAGCACCCGUCACUGGAGCAGGAGUAGGUGGCCCUUAUGUCGGUGAAUCUGGAACUUACAGCUACUUGGAGAUCUGCGAAGACCAAAAGGAUAAUCCUUCUGCAUGGAGCAUCACUGAGGUGGAGGGCAACUACGUGUAUGCUAACAAGGACCUCUUCUGGGUCGGCUACGACAACCCCAACACUAUCAAGGCUAAGGCACAAUACGCCAAAAACACUGGUCUGGCAGGCAUCAUGUACUGGGCCAUAGACUUGGACGACUUCAGCGGCACUUGCGGAGACAAGUUCCCACUCGUUUCUGCCGGCAUUGCUGGAUACAACUCUGCUUAAUUUAAACAAUAGUUUUACUAUAAAAUUUCAGUACUAAAUAAAAUAUUUUAUUGUAAUAAU